AUGCAAAACCUUAAGCCAAUAGAAACUGAAAUUAUUUUAGAUGAAAAAAACAAAUAAUAGUUAAAAUUGAAUGAGUUAUUGAUUUUCCCUCAUGGUUUAGAUGGCUUGCACAUUUGGGAAGCUGGAAUAAUUCUGGCUAGAUAUAUAGUUUUUAAUUCUUAGCUAUUUAGCAAUAAAGAUAUCCUAGAGGUAGGAACAGGAGUAGGUAUUGGAGGAUUAGCUGCACUAAAAUACACUGAAUGCAAAAGAGUUGAUAUGACUGAUUAUAAUUAAGAUGUACUUGCAAAUAUAAAGAAAAAUUCAGAGAAAAAUAGCAUAAGCAAACAGAGAUACGAUGUGUUCUACCUAAACUGGUUUGAAUAUGAUAAAUUCAACAAAAAGUACGAUGUUAUUAUUGGCUCAGAUAUAAUUUAUUCUGGUGCUCCAUUAAAAGAGCUCUAUCUUUUAAUAAGCAAAUCACUUAACAAAGGAGGUAAAGCUUAUAUUAUCAUACCUUCUUAAAGAUUUAAAGGAGAGGUAUUUCUCUAGUUGGUUGAGGAUUACAAAGAGUUUUCAGUCGAAAAAAUAGCCUUAGAUCAAACUGAGUACUCACUAUCUCCACUUAAAGAUUAAACAUAAGGAUUCAAAACUUAUCCAGGAUUAAAAGAAUUACAAUUUUGGGUUUACAUUUUUACUAAAAUAUGA